AUGUCUAACGGACCAUCAUGUUCAAUUCCAUCAAACUCUAAUUCAGUGCCACCACUAGUUACAUCAUUUGCACGACAUAAUUCUCGUCCACGAGCUGCUACUCGGUCAUUUUCUAUUCAACCACAAACUAUUGCACCAUUAGCAUUAGAUGAAGAAGAAAUUGGAAGUUCAGUCAAAAAUCAACGAAUGCAUAGUCGAAAAUCUCCAUCAGUUGAAAAUAAAAUAAAUAAUCAUACUAAUGGAUUCAUGAAAGAAUUAUCAAUUUCUUCGACAAGUUCUGAAGAUGCAGUAUCUGAUGAUAAUGAUUUGUAUGAUAAAGAUUCUGGUUCUGCAUCACCGACCUCUGCAAAAUUAUCUCAUUCAUCUAAUAAGUCACAUAAAAGUAAACAUUUUUAUCAUACACGUAAAAAUCACGCUUCUUCAUUCGUGACAUCAUCAUCAACAACAACAACACCGACAACAACGUCAACAGGAAUCAUAAUGACACCGACAUGUGUUACUUUAGCAGCUGCUCCUAAUAUUAAUUUUAAUCAUAAAGGCUAUUUAUUUUCAUCAAAUGAAAAACAAACACCAGUCAAUGGUAGUUGUGAAGAUACAUCAACUAUGAAUCAUGUCCAGCAUCGAGAAACAUCACAAUUCAAUCGCGCUACUCCAGUUCGACGCAAAUCAAUUAGUACAACGAGACCUAGCUGUUUGACAAACACUACAUUGACAGUGAAUGCAAAUUCGUCACCGUUCAAUAAUUACUCCUCAAUAUCGACCAAUAACGAUAAGGAAACUACAACUAGUUCUACUGUUUCUUAUAAAAAUUCAGUUAAUUCAACAGUAGCAAAUCGUGUUAAUUUAUUUAACAAUGAAUUAAAUAAGAAUAACACAUCGUCUUUAGAUAUUGAAUCAAAAAAUGUAAAUAGAGAACAAAAUCAACCAAGUAUUUAUCCUAAACCACGAACAAUGUUUCGUUAUCCUCCUAAUGCCGCAGAUAUACUAAAUGAAUCUAAUCCUUUUCGAUUAGUCGAUAAUACAUCAGCAACUGAGUCGUCAAUUACACCACCGACUAUCCCACCACAUAGUUCUCGUUUACCUGGAGGAGUGAAUAAUACAACAAUUAAACAGUUCAAUAAUAACAGUAAUACAAGUCAAGCAAAUCAAUUUUUAGAAGGAAUAACAAACACAAGUACAGUUAAUAAUAGUAUUGCUCCAAUUAACUCGUUCGGUGCUACAAUAAGGCGUCCUACAGCACCUGUCCCACAAAAUACUAUUGUACCUAAUUCAUCUGUUUCUAUUAAUCCAACAACACGUACUUCUUAUGCUUAUCAUUCAUUAAGAUUGCCGUCUCAUACAACUGUUAAUAGUUCUACUAAUGAAAUUCUGUUGCAUCAUCAACUUGGUCGAGUAAAUAAUCAAUUAAUUCGUCCAUCAGUUACCUCCUUAUGGUCUAAUGGCGUUAGUGAAAUUGGCUCAAAUCAAUCACCUACGAAUUCUCCUUAUACAACUGAUGCGACAGAGGCUACUCCAAACCUUCCAUUCAGCCGUAAUCUACCAGAACGGUCAACAAUUCAGCAUGUACCGACCGGAAGAGCCAGGGAACGUCUUGAAGGGACAUCGGGUGGUCCACGACUUGUUCGUCACCCUGGAACACAAAGUAUUGCUCAUCCAACUAAUGAAUCUCACUCUCGUACGUCAGCCGGUAGUUCGAAUUUUCCUACCCCAAGGCCUAGCAGUCCUGAUCUAUCAAUAUCCUCCGGAACUUCAUCCGCUUCCACUUUAAGUCAUCACGGUGAUCGGACAGAUUAUGAUGAAGAAUCUCCAACACCAGAAAAUGAAAGACAUGCUGGUAAUAAUCAGAGAAGCCAUACUAUUGAACCCUCUAUUCAACCACUCACUCGAAACUUUUCUGUACGUCCUUCAGUCAAUCGGUUGGAACAUGAAUCUAUUCACAAUCAUUCAAAUACUAAUGGAGGUAUCAACAAUUUUUUUCGUACCCUAACAACCCGUAUAUCCAGUAGCAAACUGUUUCGAAGGUCCGCCGUAAUUCAACCCGGUUUAUUGGCCACUUCUCCUGAGAACAAGGCAUCUAAUGUGAAUGACCCCAAUGAUCCCGACAUGAGAAUGGCACCUACAAUGGAGCUUGAUAAACUGGCUGUCGCAUGUGGAAGUCCUCCGCCAGAAACAUAUCACAAAAACAGUUCUAUAAGACUUCCUCGAAGUCGAAGUGGAGUCACUCCACAUCGGGUCACUCCUCAGGGAUCUCGAAGACUAACUGAUUUUAGCACAGUUACUGUUGAUGAACGUUCAAGUCGGAAGAAUGCAGAUGCAACAGAGACUCUGAAUCGAAGAAGAAAUAAAAAUGAAAUGAAUUUAGAUGUUACUGGAUCUAUGAAUCGGAGACACAGUCCAUUCUCUCGAGAUUCUCGUUCUCAGUCAACACAUCGUUCGUCAUCACGACAUGAUGAUCGCAGUAAUUCAAGACCUACUCCUCCACCAGUCCCAGCUCGUUGUGCAGUUGGGAUACCUUGUUCAGGUCAAAAUAAGUCUCCUUCGCCAGGAAAUGACAAUUCAAUAUCGAAUAACGGUAUAGCUGAUACCAAUCUUGGACGAACACGUAGUUUGCGAUUCAUGUUUCGUAAUGAAACUGCUAGUCGACGCCAAAUAGAAGAAAUGAUGCUCGAUAUAAAACAGGUUUUAACUAAUAAUAGCAUUGACUUUGAACAAGUCGGUGACCUAAAAUUGCAGUGUGCUUACGGUGAUCCUUCACGUGGUUGUCAAAUACCAAAUUUGACAAAUCAUAGCCAAACAUCUAAAAACUCUAACAGAUUAUCUCGCUUAACCGAUAAAACAGAACAUGGUGUUGUACAUUGGGAAAUGGAAAUCUGUAAGCUUAAUCGAGCUGGAGCAAAUGGAGUACGAUUUAAAAGAAUCAGUGGAUCGACAUCUGAUUUCAAACGUCUAGCAAAUAAACUUGCCUCUGAUCUGGAAAUUUAA